GGUCUGUGUCGGAGAAGCAGGGCUAGAAGGGCCUGCACAUAUGGCACAGGUGGACCCCCAGGAUGGACAGGGUGAGGCGUCUCCUCUCUGCAGCUCUGACCCCCGGAUGCUGAGCAUGAACUUGGAGAGGGAGGAUGAGGACCAUGGACAGGCAGGAGACAAAGGGGGCACUGGUGACACUGGUCAGCAGGCCCAUUCAAGGCUCAGCUCCCAAGGGACUCAGGACAAAACUGACUUGCCACGGCAGCAUCCGUUCCGCAAAAAGGAAGAGAAAUUCUCUGACUCCUUUAGUGCAGGAGUUGUGGGGAAGAAACCCAUGGCAAUGCCUAGGAAGAAGGCCAGCUGGGAAAGAGAUGAGUCAAAGAUCACCCUGACUCAGGACUCCCCCAGAGCAAGCACAACUCCCAGUGCCCUCCCCAGGAGCCUCUCACACAAGGGGUUCGGUCAGAUGCAACCUCCUAGGGACCCAUUACCUGCUGGCAAUGAUGGAGACUGGAGGGCAAACCUGGGCGCUGCUCUAGGUGUCCCAUCCAACUUCCCUGGUUCUGGAAGGUAUUUCUGUGCACAGAAAGGGGUAGACGAGUCCCCAGACAGCUCCUCUCCAGCGUGUGUCCCCAAGGCGGCGGGCAGUUGGGCCCCCUCCACGCAGGAGACACAUAUACCAGCCCAGGCGUCGGCCACCCCGGCCAACCUGGCAGCGGAGGCACUGGCCAAAGCGCGGAAGGGCUUUAAGGACCAGAACCCGGCGGGCGCCGGGGAGGGCAGGCAGAGGGAGGCGUGUCCCCACAAGCGCCGGCGGGGCGGGCGGGCCUUCCAGAAGCCGCCGGGCGCCAAGCCUUACGCGUGCGAGCUGUGCGGGAAGGUGUACUCCCACCGGGGCACUCUCCAGCAGCACCAACGCGUGCACUCGGGCGAACGGCCCUACCGGUGCCCCUUCUGCGACAAAGCCUACACCUGGUCCUCGGACCACCGCAAGCACAUCCGCACGCACACGGGCGAGAAACCCUACCCGUGCCCGGACUGCGGCAAGGCCUUCGUGCGCUCCUCCGACCUGCGCAAACACCAGCGCAACAUGCACAGCAACGACAAGCCCUUCCCGUGUGCCGAGUGCGGCCUGACCUUCAACAAGCCGCUGUCGCUGCUGCGCCACCAGCGCACGCACCUGGGCGAGAAGCCCUUCCGCUGCCCCACCUGCGACCGGGAGUUCGCCGUGGCCAGUCGGAUGAUGGAGCACCAACGCGUGCACUCGGGCGAGCGGCCCUUCCCCUGCCCCACCUGCGGCAAGUGCUUCACCAAAUCCUCCAACCUGAUCGAGCACCAGACGCUGCACACGGGCCAGAGGCCCUUCACGUGCGCCGACUGCGGCGUGGCCUUCGCGCAGCCCUCGCGCCUCGCGCGCCACCAGCGCAUCCACACGGGCGAGAGGCCCUUUCCUUGCGCGCAGUGUGGCCAGGCCUUUGCGCGCUCCUCCACCCUGAAGCGGCACCAACAGAUCCACUCCGGGAAGAAGGGCUUCCUCUGCGCCGAGUGCGGCAGGGCUUUCCGCAUUGCCUCGGAGCUGGCCCAGCACAUUCGGGUGCACAGCGGGGAGAGGCCCUACCAGUGUGAGGACUGCGGCCAGGCCUUCACCCGCUCCAACCACCUCCAACGACACCGAACCAAGCACCGCAGCUGCAAGAAGGAGCCCAUCCCCUCCUCCUCGGACGAGUGA